AUGACAUUCGCAAAGGAGAUUCACACCUUCCACUCGGGCAAACCCCAACCCCAGACGUCUUCUUCUUCUUCGACAUUCAAAUCCAUUGAUCCGACGACUGGCGAGCCUCUCGCAACCAUCUACACCACAACUUCUACCCAGCUUGACGAUGCCAUAGCCGCCGCGCAAACAGCCUUCCCCAUAUGGUCCCAGACUCCUGCUCCCAAGCGAGCAGCCAUUCUCCUCCGCGCCGCUGCUCUAUUGCGCGAGCGCAACGAUGAACUCGCCCUCACAGAGACCCUCGAUACCGGCAAGGCUUGGUCUGAGACGUCCACCGUCGAUGUCGUCACUGGCGCUGAUGUCCUCGAGUACUAUGCCCAGUUCAUUGCUGGAGGUCUCCCCGGUCAGCAUACCCGCCUCCGCCAGGAUGCGUAUAUCCUCACAACGCACGAACCGCUAGGCGUCUGUGCUGGAAUCGGUGCCUGGAACUAUCCUAUCCAGAUUGCUCUGUGGAAAUCCGCGGCUUGUCUGGCUGCUGGCAACUGCAUGGUGUACAAGCCCAGCGAGGUUACGCCUCUGCAUGCAAACACCUUGGCGCAGAUUUACAUUGAGGCUGGUCUACCUGCUGGUGUAUUCAACGUUGUCUACGGCGAUGGCCCGGCUGUCGGUGCGCCUCUGGUUGCUCAUCCCGGCAUUGCGAAGGUGAGCUUCACCGGCCAAGUGAGCACCGGCAGCAAGGUAGCCAGCGAAGCUGUCAAGAACAUGAAGAGUGUCACCAUGGAGCUCGGCGGAAAAAGUCCCGUCGUUAUUCUCCCCGAUGCUGAUGCCGACGAAGCCGCCGACGUGGCCAUGGCCGCAAACUUCUUCUCCACGGGCCAAGUCUGCACCAACGGCACGCGAGUCUUCGUCCCGGAUACCCUGCUCCCCGCCGUCGAAAAGGCCCUCGUGCAGCGAUGCCGCGAUGGUAUUCGCAUGGGUCUCCCCCGCGAUGAAAAGACCAACUAUGGCCCCGUUGUCAGUGCAGCACAACGCGACAAGAUCAACAUGUACAUCAAGCAUGGCAAGGAGGUCGACCGCGCAAAGGUCCUCUACGACGGUGCUUCCGAUGCCCAGAAGAACAAGCCUACACCGGGCGGCUUCUGGGUUCCCCCCGUCAUCUUCACCAACUGCACAGACAAUAUGCGAGUGGCUCGUGAGGAAAUCUUUGGGCCCGUAAUGUGCGUCCUGCCAUACAAGGUGUCGGGCAAGUCUCAGCAAGACUGGAUGGCAGAGGUGGUUCGACGGGCAAACGAUACACCCAUGGGUCUCGCAGCGGGUGUUGUGUCGAGUGAUGUUGGUCUUGCGCAGGACGUGGUGAGACAGUUGGAGGCUGGUAUUACGUGGAUCAAUACAUGGGGCGAGUCGCCGGCGGAGAUGCCCGUGGGAGGAUGGAAGAUGAGCGGCAUUGGACUGGAGAAUGGACAUGAGGGUAUCCAGGCGUAUAUGAGAGUCAAGAGCACGUUGGUGCAGUUGGGUAAGGGUGCUUGCAAGGGCUUGUUUGCCAAGUUGUAG